GUUCUCCUUUCCCUCACAAAUAAAAAAACAAUCAAACUACAAUUGAAAAAAAACGAACUCAAACUACAAGCAACAUAACUUUCAAAACUAUGAAUACUACCACUAACAACACUAUCCAACCGUUGAAUAUUGACGAAGACCUUAAAAAGAAGAUCGAAUCCACAGAAUUUGUGUACCUUGUCGCCAAGUCGGGUAUUGGCAAGUCAUUCACUGGAGACUAUCUCCAGGUUGUCAGGAACUGGAACCAUGUGGACGGGGACUUUCCUCUCAAACAGAGUACUUUCAAGCCGGAAUACGUAGACAUGGUGGAACGAUUAUUUAUUUCAGGAAAAUAUGCUCAUAUCCAGGAACUGCCAGAGGAAGAAAGAAGAGAAUGGUUUGCGCGGGAAGGAUACCAGGCCUACUUCACCGAAGUUGCGCGCAAAACGCUAGAAGCGGCCCGGGAAUCUGACAAAGUGGUCGCUACACAUGCCACAUACAUCGCUGACGCGAGGAAUUUUUUCAUCGAUACUCUUAUCGCUUCGGGUGCCAAGGAAGUGCGUUUGGUCUAUCUGGAUUGCGACUUCGAUGUCCACAUGGAUGCUCUCUGGAAGCGAGCCUUGCGCCAGGCAGAACAAUUCCCAGGAACAAUAGAGGAGGGUUUAGAAGCAUUUUAUGGCGGUUCAGAUUUCGAAUCAUUCGUCAAACAUCAAAAAAAUAUUAUUGAGACCUACUUUGAAGAACCAUCGGAAUCUGAGAAGCCUACCGUAGUGGAUGUAACCGCCAAGGAUAUCACCACUUUGGAUGCUGUCGACCGAGCUUUUGGUGUACCGGAUGGAGAAGGCCGCGGGGACCUAUCAUACGAGGAAAUGAUCGAAAAGAUCAAGGCGGCAGACAUCAUUCGAGACGAGGAAUUUUUUAAUAACAUGGAAAUAAACCUCGAAGAAGAAGCUAAAAUGGAUGAAGCCGAGAUGAAGAAACGCAGGUCGUUCAGAAGGAAUUCUUCCCUUCGCAAUUCGUGUUGUUUGAAGGUGCUCGAAGCCAAUAUCGAAGAAGCCAUUUCUGCCUAGUCUAAAAAUUCAUUCUAAUUUUAUUUAAUCGUCUUUUGCAUUUAAUUUUAGUAGCAAUCAUUGGCAAAUUAUUUACAUGGGUGUUGAGCUGGUAGGUUUCACAAAAUUUUUAUUACUAAAUGAAGUUUUGCAUUUAAU